AUGAGCAGCUUCCAUGAUAUACCCCAAUUGACUGUUUUGUCCACAAUUGUCCACAAUCAAAAUGCAUCCACUCUGCCACCGACUAAUAUUCAAGUAUACAACUCAAAUUUUUCUUCAUGCAUGCCAUCUUCUCUAUACUCAUUUGAUUUCAAUUUGACCACAUCGAUUCACACAAAAUCCGCAGCAGAAGAAAUAAAAAAGAAGAAUAUAGAGAAGAAGCAAAGAAGACAACGAACUGCGUUCACUACGAAGCAGCUUAAUGUUCUCAUAGAAUCAUACCAUUCAUCUCGUUAUCCAAAAGAACCAACCCUGAAAUCACUGGAAUCAAAGACAAGUCUUCCGAAAGAUCAAAUUAAAAUCCCCCUACUCGACUUGUACCGCUCACGUGAGUUCUUCUCACCAACAUGUCAUCCAAAGAAACAGUAUUACACAUGA